UCUUUUGUGUUGUGCAAGAAACGAUUUCAGCCGAUUGCAACGCUUUCAUUCUUAUUGCUUGUUUGGUGAAAUCCUUGUCGGGCUCGUCUAGUGAGCGUAGUUCUCCGACGUAGUGUGUUUCGUGACCGCUACCAGAGCGUCUGGGCUUGUCGAUCGUGCGUGAGAAAAGAAACGACCUCCAGAAACAUCCGUGUGAGAGCCCACUGCGUGCUCGAGUCCUCUAUUGGCGCUGCCCACUUAUGAGCCAAGGAGCGGCCGUUAAUACCGAGCGUGAUUCUCAAGAUGCCGUCGGCGUAAACCCGCAAGCAUCUCCGCGCUCGAGACGACCCCAGGAAUCUGCUGCUCUCUCUGACAAAACAGGCAAGCCUGAAGAUGCCCACAGUCGCCUGAAGUCCUCACUCCGGCCACAUUUUCGCCACCGUGGCUUUUCACGUCGUGCUUCGAACGGGCCGCCGUCAAGUAACGCUCCGGAAAGUGUACCCUGCAAGUUCUUCUCGAAAAAUGGUCACUGUCGGAAUGGCGACCGAUGUCGGUACUCGCACGAGCUAGGAGAACAGCCUUCAGCUGCCACUGCAGUUACUACUGACAAACCGGGCGAAAAGGAGGUUGAAGAUGUUGCUCCGAUCGAGUGUACCGACAAAAGUGUCGAGCGACCACCGCCGAAGGAGCCGUGCCGCUUCUUCGAGCGCCGCGGAUUCUGUCGCUACGGCCGCGGCUGCCGCUAUGUCCACAAGCGCCGUUGCGACCAGGUUAAAAGCACUGCCCAAGCUCCGCGAGAAGCCACCAUGAACGACUCACCACAGCCAGAGAGUGGCGUCCUUGACCCGUCGGCGAGCGAUCAGAAGCCUUUAGAAUCCGUGAGCGAAGUUGGGCAGGAUGGCUCUGCUCAGCAACCACCGAGCGAAGAGGAGCUGCUGAAACAGUUGAGGGACAGGGAAAUUGAUCAGUUUCGAAAACGAUUUAGGAAAAGUAAAAAGGUACUUGGUGGGGAUGGCACCGACAAGUACACUUUUGUGUUUGGACCUACAGAUCCCGACUGGCCAUUCGAUGUCAAGGAGCUGACAAUGAUGGUGGCUUUUCCAAAGUUCUAUCCCAGAGAGUGCUUUAUGAUGUCUGUGCUUGAUGAAGAAGGUUUCUUACCUCCAAUCCUGCUGAGGGAUCUCAACAGAGCCAUUAAGGCAUGGCUGGAUGAAAAACAUUCCACAUCAAAACAAGUUGGCCCGGGAUCACUUCAUUUGCGUCCAUUCCUUCGCUGGUUUGACCGCAACCUUGAGGCACUCUUUAUUGAGGGCUUAAGGAAGGUGAAAAAGAUUCAACUUGCCGAAGCUGCUGGCCUUGAAUUUGUGCCCUUUGAGCAACUGGCAGGUGCUACGACGGAAGGUGCAGAGUCAACUGUAGAUGAUGCAUUAUCCGAAGGGAACGAAAGCAGUGCAGAUGCCGAAUCUGCCAUCACCACAAACAGUGCUGCCAAUAUUCAAGACAAGGCGCAUCAGGAUGCAUCACAAAAAGAAAACAUAACAGACAGCUUGCAUGUGUUGACUCUUGAUUCAAGUGGGGAGGAGGGAAGAUCCGUAGAGAAAUGCCCACCUGGGGCAUCAAACGACCAAACUUCAGACUGCAACCAACAAGUCAAUGGCGUUACAGAUGUUUUGAAUGGUUUCGACAUGUCCCUAAACACAAGCUUUGUCUCCAGCACAGGCAAUGGCGAGAGACCUGACGAAAAAGAAAAGAGCAAAAAGCACGAGAGAAUUGAAAAAAAGCAAAGUGAGCCUGCAGAAAACAAAGUUCCACAUCAUAGCAUAGCCUCCUCUAUUACGGAUGCCGGCGGCUGUUCUGAGAAGCCUGCUGCUGCUGAGAAGCCCUCACAUGGUGCUCAGAGAGCGGGUGUUGAUGUCCAUGUCAACCAGAAGAAAGGCACCGAGGUGAAGUUUCGGCGCUUGGAGCUCGGUGAAGGUGUAGCCACCUUGGAGUGCACAAAAGUGGCAGUCAGGGUGCAGUGUGGCAGGUGCCGUUGCAAUGCGGAUGUCGUCUCGCCUGCACGUCGCCGCAAUGUGGUGACAUGCGGCCGCUGCUCUCGCACCUGCAGCGUGACAUUCCGACCAAACUUGAUGCAUCAGUUCAACUCCGUACUUGGCUAUUUUGACCUUGUGGACUGCUUUGCUGUGGACCUGGUGCUGUCUGGCUGUGCCUUUGCCCUAGACUGUUUCAGUUGCAACAAGAGGAUGGCUGCUGAUGGCAUACACUAUGGACAGCGUCGCUCCCUUUGGUGCCAGUUCUGCAAUGCCAAGAUAACUGUACUCAUGGAAUCUGUCAAGUUUCUUCAAUUGCAACCAUCUAGAGCAGCUGAAAACGCAGGUUCGGCAUUCUCCAUAAAAGCUCCUAAGAUGGUGAAAAAUGUUAAGGAUCCAGCCAUUCAGGAAGGCAAGCCUCUUCCAGAUGGGGGCAUCUGCAAGCACUACAAAAAGAGCUUCCGCUGGUUGAGGUUCCCUUGUUGUGGAAAAGCUUAUCCUUGUGACAAAUGCCAUGAGGAGCAGGAGGGUGGCAGCCAUGAAAUGAAGUAUGCCACACGAAUGAUCUGUGGCCACUGCUGCAAAGAGCAGCCCUUUGCUGCUGAGAAGCCUUGCACUGGCUGUGCAAACUUCAUGACAAAGAAACCCACAGCACACUGGGAAGGAGGACGUGGUUGCCGGGAUAAGAUUCAUAUGAGCAGGUAUGCAUUGCACUGGUUGCCCUAGGUGGCAUUGUAUGUGGUUGUACAGCUAAGGCGCCAAAGGGUUGAUGUUAUCAUGGUGGUGGCCACUGGUGCAAGCUAGCUUUCAUAAUUUUUCUUUAGUUCACUCACUAUGCUUGAAAAACUUGGAAGACCACUUGUUAUAGCUUGUUGUUGUUCUGUCAGAGCUGGCUCUAAA